CAUAAAUGUACUUAAAAUAUAGCUCUAUAUAUUUAAACAAAAUUGUUUUGUAUAUAGAAUGUGCAAUUAUAAUAUAUUUAUUAUAAUAUAUUUGUCUAUAUAAAAACAUGUCACAAUGAAUGCUAUAUUUACCAUUGAUUUUACUACAAAAAUGUACAAUGUUUAGUUUUAUGAUGAUAUAUGAUCUAAUAGUCUCGGACAUUAAAAUAUACUUCAUAGAACGUUUGAUUAUCAUUAAGUCAAUUGAAAGAGGUAUGAUUGUUCAAAUUUUUUAUUUUAUCUGAUAAAUUUUAUUGUAUGGAUUAAGAAAGAUCUGAAGCCAGACAUCUCAUGACUUCAUCAUAUCAGUUUCUCUGACAUGAAUAUAUCCAAUGCUGUACAAUCUUGAUUAACAAUCUGGUACUUCUUAAAGUAGUUUUAUAAUCACAUAUAAUAUAAAGUGAGAUUCUUAGUGAAAAUAUUUUAUUUCAGUUGUUAUGUUUGAAGAAUUAACAAAAUAAUUAGUAAAUGGCAAAAUGACAGAUAUUGCACAAGUCUCAAAUAGAUGCUAUAAAGAAAAUUAUAUCGUGCAUUUUCUUAUAAUAUUAUUUGGCAUAUCUGCUUGGAUUGGUAUCAAUGGGAUAUUUAUUCAAAUACCAGUGCUUAUCGAUACUUCUCCUGAAGGUUGGACAUUACCAGCUUAUCUAGUGUUAGCAAUACAAGCUGCAAAUUUUGGACCUUUACUUUAUGCAAUCUUGCAAUACUUUCAAUGUAAACUAAAUGAACCUUGGUUGAUACUAUGUUUAUUGGUAUCAGGAACUUCGGCAAUGGGAUUUCUAAGCUUCUUUUAUUCAGAGAAAAUAAUUAUUGCUGGUGAUGAAUAUUGUUUGGUACUAUAUGUUCUAACAUUUUUCAAUGCCCUAGUAGGUUGCUUUAGUUCUGUAUUAUUUAUGCCAUAUUUUCGAAAUUUUAAUGAAAGAUGUUUAACAUCCUACUUUAUAGGAGAAGGAUUAAGUGGUGUACUACCAAGUGUUAUUGCUUUAAUCCAAGGAAUUGGAGAUACUUCAGAAUGUGCAAUUCUUAAGAAUAAUAGUAACAUAGAAUCUCCACAUUCUUUUGAUCUAUAUUUUCCCCCAAAUGUGUAUUUUCUUUUUAUUUUUAUUAUUUUAUUUCUAUCUUUAACUGCCUUUGCUAUUUUAGAAUAUUUUUUGGAUGUUCAAAACACAAAACAAUUUCAUAAUACUAGCAGCAUAGUAUUAAAUGAGAAAGGAGCAAAUGUUUCUCAUGAUCAUUAUCUUAAUGACACACAAAAAGUAAACCAUUAUUUGAUAGAUAAUGACAAGCAUCUGACUAAACAAACACAAAAUUAUUUAUUUACAUUGCUUGGUAUUUUCUGCUUUUUGAGUAAUGGUUUCUUCCCUAGCAUACAAUCUUACUCUUGUUUACCUUAUGGAAGUAUAGCAUACAAAUUAUCAAUCACUUUUGCUCAAUUUGCAAAUCCAUUUGUGUGUUUAUUAGCAUUCUGGUUGAAGGUAUCAAAUGUAAAAGUUAUUAAUUCCUUAUCUGUAAUAUGUUUAAUCAUUGGAAGUUUUGUUACAUAUUUAGCAUUAAUGUCUCCAUCUCCACCAUUACAAGCAACAAAACUUGGCAUUUUUCUAGUUAUUAUAUCAUGGGUGAUUUUAAUAGGACUUACUUCUUAUUUAAAAUUAAUCAUUGUAUCAGUAUUUAGAACUACAGUAUUGCCUAAUAUACUCUUUAAAGCAGGUGUAAUUAUGCAAAUAGGAUCUGCAAGUGGUGCAAUAUUUUCAUUUAUAACAAUUAACUUUACAAAUUAUUUUGAAAUGCAUGAUGAUUGUGCGUAAAUUGAAAAUUGAUAUUGUCAAUGUGAUAUCUUAUAUCUGUUUUCAUAUAUAUACAGAGUGAUACUUAUUAUAAUAAUACAUUCAUUGAGACAUGUAUUUAAUUGAUUUAUGCAUAUAUAAAAGUGUAACAAUAAUUCUCUUUAUCAGUGUAGCUUUGAACAAAGAAAACAAUAGAGCAUAUAAAUUUACAUUUAUAAAGAUAUUUUUAUAAUUGUACAUGUGCCUGCAUUUAUAAAUUAAAAGAUAUAGGCAAAUGAAUAAUACAAAGCAACUGUACAAAUGAUGAAUGAACCUUAAAAAAAUUAGAUAUAAAAAGUAUAUAAAUAACCAAUUUGUUUUAUCUCAAGUAUUGCCUCCCAAUUGCUAUAUAUGUACUUAUGAUAUGUUUGUUAUACAUAUACAUAUAUUCGACUGGUUUCGAAUUAUAUCUUCGUGAAGAAAAAUCAUUAUAUUUAUGCAUCAUAAUUGUUUAUAAUAUAUAAGAAUUGAUAUAUUUUUUCAAACAAGUAAAAACGAAUGUUUACAAUUGUAUUUUAAAAUUUAAUGAUUGUCAAUUGAUUGUUAAUA